GUCACAUGGUCGCCUAACUUUAUUCUGUUGACAGCAAGUAGGAGGGCUUUAUGGAGGGAGGAAAAAAAGACAACUCGAGAAAAAUUAGUAUUUUCUACCUUCAGAAAUUAAUGGCCAUGAGUUCGUACAUGGUGAACUCCAAGUAUGUGGAUCCUAAAUUUCCUCCUUGUGAGGAAUAUUCGCAAAACAGCUAUAUACCUGACCAGGGCACAGGGUACUACAGUCCAUCGCAGGACACUGAUUUCCAGCAUCCAGGAAUCUAUUCACGGUCAAACUACCCCGAGCAGCCCUUCAGUUGUAACACUGUGCAGGGCUCCACAGUGCAACAACGGGGUCAUGUGCAGGAGCAAGCUAGCCAUCCGAGCCCUUUCACCGCCCAGACCGAGCAGUGUCCCUCGGUCCCAGUACCUGGCCCGAGGACUUGUGGGCAGCAACAAAACACAAAGAACCAAAACGGGAUACAAGCCAAGCAGCCAGCAAUAGUUUACCCCUGGAUGAAGAAAGUGCACGUUACCACGGUGAAUCCGGAUUACACAGGACCAGAACCUAAACGGUCACGGACAGCCUACACAAGACAGCAGGUUUUAGAACUGGAAAAGGAAUUCCAUUUUAACAGGUAUCUGACCAGGCGGCGUCGCAUUGAGAUUGCCCAUACCCUCUGUCUUUCCGAGCGUCAGAUCAAAAUCUGGUUUCAGAACAGAAGAAUGAAAUGGAAAAAGGAUCACAAACUGCCCAACACAAAAGGAAGAUCUGCGUCGGCCUCAAACCAGCAUGUACAGCACGUUCAGAAGGACAACCAGACAGAUAUCACAACUUUAUAACUGAAACUGGAAUCCGUCUCGCCUUCCUCUGAAGUAUAAAGUGAACUAUGUAUUGUAGACAAUGCUGCGUUUGACUUUGCAUGGUCUCAACAUGACAUUUUUGGGUCAUUAUCAUUUGUGAAUGUGAACCAGAGGCACACAUUACAAAAUGCUUUGAGAGAGAGCUACGAAGUGUGGACUAUGUACUGAUAUAUCACGCUUCCCCACCAAAUGUAAAUCUUAAGUGGUUAAGAAGAUACGAGUGCAUCACCACAUUCUUCACAUGCUCCUCUGAGGUACAGUAGAUUUCUAGAAACCGAAACCUUGUUUUCACAACAAACGCCUCCAGAACUGUAACACUUUAAUGGUUGCAAGUGUUUAUAUUUGCAGUAUCAUAUUCCAUAUCUGUUUUAGCUAACCCUUUAUGUCUCAAUCAAGGGCCGAAUGAAUUGAAAUUGGUACUGCUUGAAGGAUAAAACCGAUAUCCAUUUGAAAAACGCAAUAGCUUUCUGGACAUGUAAAGGCCGAUUUGGUCCAUCUCAUUUAAUAUUAUAGAACUUAUUUACAAAAAGGUGGAUCAAUUGGAUAAAAAGGUAGAUCAAUUGGAUAUUAUUUCUAUUUCUAAACAUGGACUGGUCACUGAAAGGCAGGCAAAUGGUAAGUGAGCUUAGGAGUGUAAUUACUUACAGAAAGUUUAUCUGAAAAUGAAUCUUCAUUGAAGUCUUUGACUGCACUAACUCUACACACAAAAAAACUUUCUACAAGUGCGUUUGAAUUUAUUUUUGGAGUAAGAAAUGCCUAUGUGUUGAUUUGAAUAUUUCUUAGCUAGGCUAUAAAUCUCCCGUGACACCUUUGUAAACAGUGUACAAUUAAAGAAGCUGUAUAUCUGUCUUCCAGAUGUCAUUCGAAAAUUCUUUAAUUACACGUUAUUUUUUAUUUCUUUAUCUACUUUUACUAUUGUAAUAUACAUUUUAGAAGUGAAUUCAUUGAAAUCUUUUAUUUAUUGAAUAUCAAAAUGGAGAAUGCUAAAAGUUUGAGUUGCGUUUACAAUGCUUAUGGACCCAAAUUAUGUCCAAAACAUUCCAUAAACCUGAUAUUGUGUUAAUCGAAUAAAAGUGCAACAUUUUAUCUAUAUUAUGUAAUAUAUCUGUACUUUGUUCAUAUUUUCUACAAACGCGUUUUGUAGCAAAAUGGUAAUUAAAAGUCCUGAAUACAGGAUAGUAGCAACAUCACAUAGUACUCUCUUGAAAAAAAAAUCAAGUAUAUUUUGUUGCAACUGGUCUAGGUUUCUAAUGCUGAAAUGGGGAGUAUUUUAUAAGCUAAAAGAAUAGUUGAAUGCUGGAAUUCUAAAGCGAUGCAUUCACGUGGUGAUUAAAUAUUCCGGUAGCUUCUCUUCUGCAGUCAUUGUCUCCUGCACAAAAAGCUGGGAGCUCACACAUUGCGAAGAUGUCUUCUCUGAAGCCCUCUCGUUGAGAGGGUUGAAAAGGUAUUUUUACAGAAGCCAGUCAAAGCUCCAGAGGCAGGUUCAACCAGAGGACACAUUUUCUAUUGCAUUAGACGGAUUUCAGCCGCGAGGACUGACCCCGAAACCCCUUGACCCGCUGGACCCGCGGCCUUUUCUUACGCAGACGGUAUUCGCAUUCUGUGUUAGUAAAUGGACAACUUUUACGUUUAAGGCAUCAUACAUCUUUGUCCUAUGCAGUUCUCUAUCUAGAAAAAAAUGUUGUCGUACUCUUAUAUCUUGUUUUAAAUGCACUAAAUGUUAUGGGCUGUGAUAAGCACCAUUGCAAUUAUUCAUUAUUGCCCUUUUUGUAUUUCUUUUGAGAAUGUUGUGACGUGAACAUCAGGAUGUCCUCGAAAUGCCGAA